AUGCAGAAUGGCCACGGACGCAAGAAGCACGGCAGCGUGAGGGCCUCCAAGAACAAGCACAAAAAAACUGCCUCUGAGCUGCAGGUGCGCAUCAAGGCGGCGAAUGACGCGCACAGUCAACACAGCCAUAACAGCACCAGCGACGACAGCGCCGACAACUCAGACGGCAUCCUGACCACCUCCACCGCCAGCCCCAACGCGAAGACAACCUCGACCACGUCCUCGAAAACGUCAGACAGGAUGAUGCGAAAGCCCUCGUCGCCAAUGGCCCCGCCGUUCAUGGUGUCGGCGCCCGGCAAGGUCAUUGUUUUCGGCGAGCACGCCGUCGUCCACGGCAAGGCAGCCAUGGCCGCGGCCAUCUCGCUGCGCUCCUAUCUCCUCGUCACCACGCUCUCCAAAUCCCACCGCACCGUCACGCUCAAUUUCCGCGACAUUGGCCUGGACCACACGUGGGACAUUGACGCGCUGCCCUGGGACCUGUUCCACCAUCCCUCCAAGAAGAAGUUCUACUACGACCUCGUCACCUCCCUCGACCCGGAGCUCCUCGACGCCGUCAAGCAGCACGUCGCGGACGUGUCGAAAGACAAGCCGGACGAAAUACGCAAGAUCCACCAGAGCUCGGCCACCGCGUUCCUAUAUCUCUUUCUCUCGCUGGGCUCCCCGGAGUCGCACGCCGCCAUCUACACCCUCCGCUCGACCAUCCCCAUCGGCGCCGGUCUGGGCAGCAGUGCCAGUGUCUGCGUCUGUCUCAGCACCGCGCUGCUGCUGCAGAUCCGCACGCUGGCGGGGCCGCAUCCUGACCAGCCGCCGGACGAGGCGGAGGUCCAGAUUGAACGGAUCAACCGGUGGGCGUUUGUGGGCGAACUAUGCAUCCACGGAAACCCCAGUGGCGUGGACAACACCGUGUCGUCGGGGGGCAAGGCAGUCCUGUUCCGACGGGGAGACUAUUCCAAACCGCCCACGGUCACGUCUCUGCCCAAUUUCCCCGAAUUGCCUUUACUGCUGGUGAACACGCGACAGUCCCGGUCGACAGCCACGGAGGUCGCCAAGGUCGGGGCGCUGCGAAAGGCACACCCGGAAGUGACAGACAAGAUGCUGGACACGAUCGACCAGGUGACUACGUCGGCGCACACGCUGAUCUCGUCGCCAGAAUUCGAGAACAAUCGCGACGCGGCGCUCGAGCAAUUCGGGACGCUAUUCCGCAUCAACCACGGACUGCUGGUGUCGCUGGGUGUUUCCCACCCGCGUCUCGAACGGAUCCGCGAGCUGAUCGACUACGGGAAUAUCGGGUGGACCAAACUGACCGGCGCAGGGGGCGGCGGCUGCGCGAUCACGCUGCUGCGGCCCGACGCAGAUAAGGACGCGAUCCGCGAGCUCGAAGCGAAGCUCGACGAGGAAGACUUCGAGCGCUACACGACGACGCUGGGCGGGGACGGCGUCGGCGUGCUGUGGCCGGCCGUGCUCCGCAACGGCACCGACGAGGAAGGCGGCGAGGAGAUCGACCAGCAGAAGUUCGAGAACGCCGUGGGCAACGACGGCAUCGAGCGGCUGGUUGGCGUGGGAGGCGGCGGGCAGAAGCGUGAUGGAUGGAAGUUCUGGAAGCGAGCUGGAAGCUGGACGCGAUAG